GUCGGUUCUCGGCCCUCAGUUGUUGGUCAACAUGGGGAAAGUGCUGAAGGUUUCGGCGAUCACUGUGGGAGUUUUAGCGGUGUUGGGGUGGAUUGCAGUUGGCAUCACCUGGGGCGUCCUGUCUUCCCAAGGCCCUGAACCUCCAGAGCUAAAGCCCCUGGACUGGUGGGAGCACUGUGUGCUAUAUCAGAUCUACCCGAGGUCCUUUAAAGACAGCGAUGGAGAUGGCAUUGGUGAUUUACAGGGUAUCAUUAGUGAACUAGACCAUUUCCCCGAUGCUGGUAUCGACGCCAUCUGGAUGUCGCCGAUCUUCGAAUCCCCCAUGAUCGACUUCGGGUACGACAUCAGCAACUUCUACGAGAUCCAUCAUGAGUACGGGACCAUACAGGACUUUAGAGAACUUUUGCAGAAGGCACAUAGUUUGGGCAUCAAAGUCCUGCUAGACUUCGUGCCGAACCACGCUAGCACCUACUCGGAUUACUUCAUCGAGUCCGAGGCUGGUAACCCCGAGUUCGCAGACUACUUUGUCUGGGCUGACGGUUACCCUGAUCCUGACAAUGAAAGCAAUAUCCUGCCUCCUUCCAACUGGGUCAGUCAAUUUGGUGGCUCCGCCUGGGAGUGGAGCAGCACCCGCCAGCAGUUCUACCUCCACCAGUUCGCGGUGGAACAGGCGGACUUCAACUUCCGACACCAGCCCGUCAAGGACGAGAUGAUCAACAUCAUGCGGUUCUGGCUCGAUGAGGGUGCUGAUGGCUUUAGAGUUGAUGCCCUCCCCUACAUGAUCGAAGCAAAUCCAGCAGACCAUGAUGGUAGAUACCCCGAUGAUCCCCUCAGCGGGCUUAUGCAGUUUGAGUCCCACCAGCUCGGGUACACCAUCCCUCUCUACACCAAGGACCUGAUAGAGCUGUACGAUAUUGUGUAUGAGUGGAGAGAGUUCGCUGAUCAGUAUCUGGCUGAGCAUGGAGGUGAUACUCGCGUCCUCUUCUCCGAAGGCUACGCGAACAUCAGCAUGACGAUGCUGUACUAUGGCAAAGAAAAUGGAGAGAUUGGAGCCCAUUUCCCCUUUAACUUCGACUUCAUCACGGACGUAUCCUCCGAGUCCAGUGCGAGGGACUUCGUGUACGUCAUCUUGAAGUGGUUGUCGUACAUGCCGUUUGGAGCUGUGCCGAAUUGGGUGUUCGGCAACCACGACAACAACCGCAUGCCGACUCGCUUCAACGAGACCAUGGUCGACGGUCUGAAUGCCCUCAAUAUGCUGCUGCCAGGAGUAGCAGUCACGUAUCAGGGGGAGGAGAUUGGAAUGAGGGACGGAUACGUGUCCUGGGAGGAUACUGUGGAUGUGGAGGCGUGUAAUAGGGGAGAUGAGGACACUUAUCAUCUGUAUUCUAGGGACCCAGCUCGAACCCCAUACCAUUGGGACAACACCACCAGCGCAGGGUUCUCCACUAGCGGGGACACCUGGCUUCCAGUAGCUGAUGACUACAUGGAGAUUAACCUGGCCAAGCAGAAAGAGGACGCUAGAAGCCACUAUAAGGUGUACCAAAAACUGACAGCCCUUCGCAAGCACACAACACUCUCCCACGGGGAAUACGACAUCAGGGCAUUUUCUGACAAUUCCUUCUACUUAGUCAGAAGCCUACGCACUUAUGACACCUUGGUACUGCUCUUCAAUGUGGCACAGACGGCUGAUACAGUGGACCUGUCCAGGGUACCGCAUCUGACGCUGCCGGCGACAGUAUAUGUGGCCAGUAUUCAUUCUACGAGAGAUGCUGGAGACAUAAUAGACAGCGAACAAUUGACACUUCAACCAGGAGAAGCUUUGGUUCUACAAGCCGCUCCUAUAUAA